AUGACGUCAUUGCGGUUGUUCAAUGGCUGGAUUUGUGUCACUUUCGGUUUCUUGGGAGUUCAAUCUCUAGUUUUCGACAUUUUGAGGAAUUCGUCGCACGAUGUAUGUGCCAUUCUGAGAUGUGAAGUAAGGGGAGACGAUCGGGAAGCAGAAGAUAUACGCCAGAUCAUUUCACUAGUUAUUUCUGAGAGGAACAUCAAUCAAAAAGGCGAGAAACCUCUUGCAAGUAUAUCUUUCUUUGACGCAGACGUCCACAUACUGGGAGAUGAAUCCGAACGAGUCUACGCUAAGGGAGAACUCUUGUCCAAAGAAGGAGAACUCAUCGUUCACCUGAAAGAUGCGGUCUUUAGUUGUAUGUCCGGUGCCUUUAUGUGCGAACUGAGAUACAUAAACCAUAAUGGAAAAGGAAUGGUGGUAACAGCUGAGAAACAAAUGCAUAUGGCAGUAAAACAAGUAGAAUCCGGCCACCAAGUUUCGGAUUCACUUGAAAAUAUGAAAACAUUAAUAGCGGCUGAGGUAGCCAAGUUAAGCGAACAAGUGCAAAAUGUAACGUCUGAAAUCGUGUCUGCAGUCACAACGAUGAACGAACGUUUGCUUCGAAUUGAAGGUUUGAUUGUGGGAGACCUGCAAACGCGUAUGGACAGUACUGAUUUCAAGUUGAAUAAGUUGGAGGUUUUACUGAACACAAACGUUGACGUUACACUCAGAUCUUUAGCCGAGACGGUUGCCAACUCCACUGAUGAUAUUAAGAGAAAUGUUAAUGGUAGAUUUCUCCAGGCAGAACGUCAGAUGAAAAAAACUGAAGUUUUUGUUACUGAUCGAAUUACCAACACUGAAAAUGUGAUAAAUGCAUCUCUGCAACGUUUCUUAGAGUCACAAAUUCGGUGUCAACACUUCGAAUCAAAUGUUUCCUCCAUGUUUCACCAAGUAAUAGAUGAAGUAUCCAAUUUUAAAACAGAAAUCAUGGGAAGAUUCUCACUAGCCAAUAAAGACGUGGGAAGUUCUACCAAUUUAUUGUCCACUAGACUCAUUAUGGAGUCGCUUGUGAGAAUUGUCAACAACGUUAGUACAGUUGAUAGCAGGCUAGCUAAACUAAAAUCUGACUUCCACACAGAGAUGGCAACUGUCCGUUUAAACAUGUCUUCGCUGAACGACAACAUCGCCAAUAGACAUUUCCGAUUUACUCGAGAGGUCAAGCAAAACAUAAGUGCCCUUGAAAAUCUUUUAGCUGAAAAAUUCAAGGAGGUGGAGAAUCAGAAGAAUAAUCUUUCAUCGCUUGGUCAAGAAAUAGAUGGAAAACUUUUGAAUAUUGAGAUAAAUUUGAAGGAUAUUAAUGUUGUCGUGAGAAGUAUCAAGUACAUAUUUGGAUUAUAG